AUGUCGAACGACCAAGAUCCGUACCAGUUUUUCACACCGACGAGCAGUCCGAUCGGAUGUGCAGGCAGUGGUCAAAUUCAGCUGUGGCAGUUCCUGAUGGAGUUGCUUUCUGACUGCCGGAACACGACUUGCAUCACGUGGGAAGGCACAAAUGGUGAAUUCAAGCUCGUCGAUCCGGACGAGGUAGCCCGACGAUGGGGCGAGCGCAAGAACAAGCCAAACAUGAAUUACGACAAGCUGAGCAGGGCGCUUCGCUACUACUACGACAAGAAUAUCAUCAGCAAGGUGCAUGGCAAGCGCUAUGCGUACAAGUUUGACUUCCACGGCAUAGCUCAAAUAAUCCAGUCUCAAAGUUCGUCGUGCAGCGCUAACAUCUUCAGUCAGUCGUUGACGAAUCGUCUGCCGAUGGACUUUCCGCCCCAGCAGCCGGCUGGAAUCGCUUCAUGGACGGGCUACUCGCGGUCGAUGAGUUUUCCGCCCCCGCCUCCGGCCGGAACGACUGCCGGUUUCCUCGCGAAUCACAUGUGCUACAACUUCGGCGGAAGCAACUCGCCGGUUCGAAACUUUAGUCUUUGUUCAAAUCCGAUAGCCGGUUCGAAUUCGUCGUUCUCGCCGUACUCGAGACGUUUCUGA